UCAGCAGACGUGAGAGCCUCGAGUGGCAGACGUCUCGUUAGAGGUCCAUGAUUUAUAGUGAUCUGUUGGCAGCGCAGGCGAAAAUCUAAAGCCCGGGACUGGAUCGGGUUUAGCGGCUCAGACGACUUGAAGCAGACCCGAGUGAUAUAGUCUGCCGUUGGAUCCGUCCACACUGCACGCUCAACAUACAAGAAACAAACAAAAGAAAACAACAAAGGAAGAAAAAAAUACACUGGAUAAAUAAAUACAUACACUCUUUUAGCGGUGGACGUUGUUUCCAUUUAGCUAUUCUGUUAUUUAUAACAGAGAUGAACCAAUCGUUUACUAGCAAUUGUGUAGCAGACGAUAGACUUUAAAAAGUUGGAAUGGGAAAAAAAAAAUCAUGAAUGAAAAUUUAGGUAAGGUCGUGUGAAAUUAGAUUACCUGGUAAUUUAAAAAGUGUGCAAAAAAAUGAACGAUAAUAAUACAGCUAUUUAAAAAGCGGUUUAUGGAUUUCUGUGGUUUGAUUCUCAGUUCUAUGUUGUAAUGGAUGUUAAACUUAUUUGAACGUAGCCUAGUCACUUAAGAAGUGAAUACGAAUUGUGGUUAAAAUUAGUUCAAAGAAAUACUAUUUAAACAUAUCAACAUUUGUUUGGUGGUGAUGUUUGUUCUACAAGUUUGGAAUUCCUUGGAGCUCUGUAUAUUGAUCUGACCUACUUUGGAUAUUUUUUGUGUGGACUUUUUCAUCUCCUGUGAUCAAAACUGUGUCUACAUUUUGCAUGAUCUUGUGUUAUAACCUUAGCAAUUCUAGAUAGCCAACAAGGCCUGUUCUAUCUAAUCUUUUCCUCUGGUCUUAAACUGUGCAGUGGAGGAUAUGUAAUGCCGGCAAUCUGGAAACCUGGAUUUUUUAUACACAUUUGCGCUUUGAUACCUGAGCGGAGUGCUGCCUGCCCACGCUUCCCAGAGACAUUGGAUCAGACGAUGCCCAUGGCUUGAAGAGCCUCAUGGAAACACAAGCUUCGCGUGAAGUUGUUGUUACAGCUGGAUGCGAUGCUGCACGUUGCAGCGAACGUCUGGUCAUUGAAUACAUCGCUUAAAGUGACUAUCUGAUGGUCAGUUGAUGCUCGUCCCCUGGUGAUUUCAACUUUCAUGGACUACAUCGUCUUUUCUUUUUAACGAUUAAAAUGUUGACUUGACAGGCAUGUGUAAUAGACUUGGGAACCAGAUCUAAUAUCGUUCCACCUUGGUGACAUGCAGGGAUAUUUCAACUCCUUUUUGAAAAGGGGCUAACAAUGACCUUGACUUUCUCUUCUGAAACCAGAAGGUCAAAUAAAGCAUCACCAAAGUUAUGUUGCUACUAAAUAGAUCUACAUAUUCUUUCUGUGAAUUUUUUGAUGGAUUUCUGAUGUUUCUACUCAAGGCGCAUUUAAAAUAGAUGUACUUAAUUCUGUGGAUCUUGUGAUAUUUCUGAUGUCAUUCUCGGUGCCGUGUAGGGCAAAGAAGGUAGCGGUGAGAAUCGUACAGUUGGGAUUACAUUGUUGGAGUGAUGAUGGUGACAUCUUGGAGUAGCUGCUGCUGUUGUUGGUGGGCGAUGUGGUGUUGAUUGUUAGACGCUGAGUACCGGAUGUACCACUGACUAUGAGUGAGCCACAGUACAAGAUGACAAGGAGGAAGCAGUUUGCACCCAAACGUCUAAAAAGUACCAGCAAGACCGGAAGUAGUGAGCAGAGCAGCAACGAAGAUCAGCAAUUGGUUGAUUCCAGUCAUGUGACCCUUGACAGUGGAGCAGAGGAGGGCGACGAUGAUGGAGACACCACCUCCGAGGACGAGGCCAGCGCUGAAGGGUCGGUCCGCAGCCCUAAUGUUAAACAGGACGCUGUCAUUGGGGUGAGCAGCUCUGGGACUGUGGACGGCACAUCUGAAGUCGGACUGUGCGUAGAACAGCACUCCUUCGCUAAAGAGAAAGGGGAGAUUAUUCGAGACUUUAGGAACGAGGGUGGACAAUCGUCUGACAAACAACUAGAGGUGAUAAGUGGAUUGCAAUUAGAUGUGAAAGAAGUUGGCGCGUAUAAGAAAGGCGCCAGCAAGUAUAGCUUUACAUCUUGUUCGCCUCCGUUAAUUUCCCCCUCCAAACGAACAACCAAAGAACCACAAAUGACUCUUGUCAUGCCUAACAUGCCAUUGGCACUUCUUUCCAAGGGGAAAAACCCAAGUGCCCUGGACUCGAGCAUGUCGUUGUUCCCUUUGUCAUCCACCUCUAGCGUCACGGAUGACCAGCCACUUGACCUGUCAACAAAGCCAGAUAAGUUGGCCUCCCCUUCAUCCCGAAACAAAUCUUCCAAGGGCAGUGACUCGCUCCUUACUUCCCCCACGUCAAUACAUAACGGCUUUUCCAGUCUUCAAAGCCUGCAGCAGAGGUUCGGCGGUGACUUUCCUUUAGAGAUGAAACAGAAAUCCUCAGCAUCUGUGAUUCCCCUCCAGCCCAGUAUAAACCAUAAAUCAUCUCUUUUGUCCACUGCCCAGCCUACGCACAGUGAAUCCAUUGUAAGACCAUCAUCCUCUGCAAAAGUAAAGCCGACUGUUCACCCUGACUGGAUAGAAAGACAGGAGAUGAUGAAUUCAAAAGCUAUGACGUCAUCUCCGUUGCCGAAAGGGGAAAACUCGCGACAGGCCUCUCCUUCCCUGUCGGAUGAAUCCGGCAUAGAGUUAGGAAGCAAGCACACAAUCCACCGCUGCUCUUGUCAGAAAUCAUUCUCCACACUCUACGCUCUGAGCUUUCACUUGCAGGAAACUGGACACACACCUGGCUCCAGCAAAGCUGCUUCACUGAUGGAUUACCCAAAGCUUGUGCGAGGCCAGGACAUGUGGCUGAACCAAGAGUCCGAACAAACCAGACGAAUCCUUCGGUGUAUGCAGUGCGGUGAGUCUUUCAAAUCGUUGCCCUUACUCACUGUCCACAUGAUGCAGACUCAGCACUACACAAAGAUUGUAAGCUCUGACCACGGUCGACGCUCGCACAAGUGCUCCACAUACUGUGACCGCGAACUGGACAAAGAGUGCAUCUUCAAAUGUAAAGUGUGCCAUGAAGCAUUCACUGACAUGGAAGGGCUGGCCAAUCACAUGAUAGUGUCUGGCCACCACAAGAAGCAGUCUUCCCGUACCAAUUCUUUAACAAACCAAUCCACAUUCUCAGAAAGUGCUACCAACUUGAACUCUGCUGCCAGGCAGGGGCGACGGAAACGAUUUCUUCCAGAAGACACAAAUCCAUCAACUGUAGCCUCUUUGUUGGAGUACAGAAGGAAACAGUCAUGUGACAAUGGCAAAAUCAAUGGAUUCCACUCUGACCUCAAAAGUAAUUCCCACCUUAACGUGAAUAAUGACAGUCAGUCUCCAGAUCCAAGGAUUCUCAAACUGGUUCUGUGUGACAGUUGUGGUAAACGGGUGGAUGUUCUCGACUUCAACAGCCACAUUCGAGCCUGCCUCAAACAAAGGGAAGAGGUUAUAAAUGCUCUCAAAAACAAACUUGCCGCAGAGGAAGCUAUUCUGUCGAGGUCAGAGAGCAAGCUCUUACGCUCUGGUUUCAGUUUAGCUUCUAUGUCGAGGUUCCAUAAUGAUAGUAUUUUUUCCAGGCCAGGGACAGAGUCUCCUCCUGCACCUACAGAUCACAGACUCUUUGAAGAGAAAAUACAUUCUCAGGAAUUGGAGAGAAAGUCAGAGCCUUCAUCCCCAAGAGAUUCGGAGCCAACAACAGAUAUUAAGCCGAUCACCAAACAGGAGGAAACAAAUGCGGUUGAGAUCCCUCUUAAAAAAUGGCACAGUUCCAAUGGUGAUGGUUGUUGGCCAGUCAGCACGGAUGGUGCUAGUCCAUCUCCUGGCUCAAAAAACUGCAACACACCAGUGAAGCUUUCCUUUCUGUCCAAACAGGACAGGUUCAAAAGAGAUGAAUCUGAGGCAGACUUAGGGGCCAUGUCAAGUCUACAUUCUGGGAAGAAGAGAAAAUUAUCUGAAAUAGAAGACAACAUUCUUGACAAAGCAAGAGAGCUUGCCCAGAGGUCAUCUAAUUUGAUGCUGUAUGACAAGUCAGUUGAUUUCACAUCAUCAGCCUUACAUCAGCUGGAUAUGUUUUCUAGAGGUCUUAAGUUCUCUCCUCCGAGGCAGAACUUGUCCCCCGAUCACAAAACAAAUCACCAAAAGCUCAACAAAAGAAAGGAAAUGUCUAGUCAAAGUCUAAGCUCCAAGAAGGAGCUACCAAAGUCUCCAGCCCCUGUGGCAUCUCCAGCCUUGUCGACUCAUCACAAAAGUGCAUCUCCUGACCAAGCAAAGAAAGAGGUCACAUUUGACAUUAUUGAUCCCAACACCUUAGAAGACCAAGGUGAAGCGAAAUCUUCUGCACUGGAAGCCAUGGAAACGUUCAUCCAGAAAAGUUUUAGCUCCAAGUCAGACAUGCGCACAUCUAAUUUAGCAACAAUGUUCAGCCCAUUUAGAAACUGCUUUCCCCUACCUGCACAAGGUGGUGUGUUGCCAGCUCUAUCAGAUCCAACAAUGUCCCAGUUUGCCAAAUUCUCCAAGUUCUUUAGAAUGGUUCCAGGCAUGCCAUCAUUUACUGAUAUUGGCAGUGCUUCAGAUGCUACAAACAGAAACGUUAUGACUGAAUCAAGAACAUCUUCUAACCAGGAAAAAGCAGCAAGUUUGGGGAAAAAAACUGCCAACAAACCUUACUCAGUGAAUUCUGCCACCAAAAAUUCCUCGGGAGUCAAGAUUCCAAUGGAUAAUCUUUUAGGAAAUGUUAAUCAAGACACAUACUCAAGUUCCAAGAAAGGUAUAGAAGUUCAAAGUUCAAAGAAAUACAAAUACAGCAGCAUCAGUUCCUUAGACUUAUCUCAAAUAAAUACAAAGUUAAACUCCUUUCUCACUUCCACUGCAAGUUACAGUGCUUCCCCAACCAAUGCACUCAAUGAUCAACCAUCCUCAAAAGUAUCACAAGAGUGGGACUCACCGAAUGAAGACUUGAGGAAAAAAAGAAAGAAGGAGGUCCAGAUGGACGGAGCUAGUGACUCCAACAAGACUUACAUUAAGUGUGAAAACACUUCUGAAAGCGGCCAGUUGGAGGGAGUGAACAUCAAGGUUGAAAGAAUGUCUGAUGACGAGGAGGAGACGCGGAAGCCUGAAAGAAGUGACAUGCAGUUAGACCCUAGUUUUUUGUAUAAGCCAUCACCACAAGAAGUUAGUGAUAAAAGUUCCAGUCCUCCGGUGUCCGAACCAAGAGAAAUCCAGAGCAACAAACCUGCACUGAAAGUCCACGUGGAGCAGGAAAUGACAUCAAGUUGCCUUGGUAACAAUAAACCGACAAUGAAAAUGCCCAAUGUGGUGAAUGCGUCUAAAGAGACUGACAUUCCUAGUGCAGAACACAGUCCCGCGAUAGAGCCAGAAGAUGGCAAGCUGAAAGUUGACUCUACCAGGCUCAGAAAUGCCGACGAAGAGCUAGAUUCAGAAUCGAGUUCCUCUAACCUGAAUUUUACCGGUGACAUAUGCAAAAUAGACAAUCGAGCUGAAAAGCAAUUAUGUGAAAGCAAUACUCAUGGUGAUGAAACAUUGACGAAAGACGUGGCAAAGCCAAAGCGAGGCCUGGAACCUACGGACCACAUCCUAGACUCUAGAGCAGCUUGUAAAAAGAAGAAAGCUGUGACGGGAGAGAUACAAAUUAAAACAGAGGUCGAUACAUGCGCAGACACCAACGAGAGUGAUGGCGAUGAAGCCUCCGAGAGCUCUCCUAAGCUAUGCGUGGACACUUGUGCUAUCAAAGUUGAAAACAAUGAUCGCAGUGACUCUGAUUACGACAAGGAAUGCGACACUGCAGUAGCGCAGGCGAGGCUGAAUGAGAUGUCACGGCCAUCAAGUUGCGAAAGCAGUCGAGCACAGCCUUCUCCUUCUCUGCACGAGAGUAGCCGCGAUGUCUCUCCGGCCAGCAGCGGGCAUUCCGAGUCCAGGAAGAAGAGCACAAAAAGCAGCAAUAAGAAAUCGGCGUUGGACUCGCUAAGCUCCUUCGUGUACAGCCAACCACUGACCAGUGAGCACCCUUUGGACAGCCUGCAGCGGCUUUUGUCCACCAAUGAUUUGAUCCAUGCUGCCCAGGAAAAGCACAUAGCCACGAGCUCCCACAAAAGCUUGACCCCUGACCUGACAACUCCCCUUAACCUGACCGCAAGGAUUUCUACAAAUGGUGUUGGAAGCGGGGGUUGCAGCAGCGAUGAUAACGAUGAAGCUGACGCUGCUCUUGCCGAAGGAGGGGCCAGUGAAGGGGAGAUAAGUGAAUAUAAAUGCGCUGCCUGUAACCGCCGGUUUGCCUCCAAAGGUUCCUACCGCUACCACCUCAGCCGGUGCCAUCUUUCCAGUGUAAAAAAGUAUGGAAUUAAGGAGGCCUUUAACAUGAGCCCCUAUGUUUACCUGCCUCUGGACCAUACAGCCAAAUUUUCAAAGUAUUAUCAAUUGGCCCGUGAAUUAGCCAAUAAAGGAAAAUGACCUUCAAUUUAUCAGUAUACUUAAAACUAUGUAAAAAAAAAAUAUCCACACUGCCAUAAAAUCUUUUUCUUAUAUAUAAUUGCUUCCAUCUUAGCCAAUAUUUGUUUUGGAUUUUGUGUUCAUAUUUCCUGGAAUGGAUUUAACCACAUAGGUCAAGUUGACCAAGUCCCAUACAUUUGGUUUCCCACCUUCCUUUCUUUCAGAUCUACAAAUCAAUAACUACAGGAGUUUUUUUGUUUUAUAUGUACUGAAGUGAGUGAUAUUUCAUUAUUGGAUUACUUCAAAUGAUCAUAGAUCUGGAUUACUUCAAAUAAUCAUGUGCAAAGAUCUGGAUUAUUUCAGUUUGCUAUCAAGCUAUGUUGAACCCAAGUACAUACAGGCCUAAACAGACUUGAACUUGGGAGUCCAAUGAAUGGAUUCCCUUUUACUCUUAUAUUUCUUGUCACUUCUCUUUAUAAAUGUUUAGGAUUAUAAGAUAAUUAGCGCUACUAGAUGAUGUAGGUCACAUGCCAAACUUUUUUGGUUUAAGUUUCAUUUCCGUGUGUAAGUUGCUUUUCAUUUCUCACUCAACUAUUUGCAGAACUGGGAUAGGGACAACAAAAAGGAUGAAAAUCUCUUGAACAGGUUGAAAGAAUCUUCAUCUAAUUGACAGGAGACCCGGGAGUCUACAUAGACAUUUGAUAGUCACAAAUAGAAAUUAUAUUUUCUAAGUUUGUAUUGACACGUUAAGAUAAUUCAAAAUGUAACCAUAUUAAAUAUAAAUUGUAUUAGAUAAAUUGUAUAAGUAAGCGACGAUUUCAGUUAAGUCGCAUAUUAGAUGAACUUUAAUUUAUUGGAUUGUUCACUCUAUACUCAGUAGGUAUCCAUAUUGGAGAAUUGGGUCACAGAAGACGUGACUCAAAUUGUUAUGAUACUUUUAAUUGGUUCUUACUUAAACUUUAUUCCGGCCUAAUUACUAUUCAUUGUCUGGCAGCUGAAUUCAUAGUUAAGGUCAUUUUGUGGCAAAAAAUGUAGGUCAAAGCUGGGUCUUUAAAACCAUCCAAAAUACUGCACUCUUCCUAAAUCAGGGACACAAAGCAUCAAUGAAAACAUGUUCAACUUUAGUUGAGUCAAACUAAUUCUAAGGUUUAAUAAAUCUGAUGCUUGUCAAAAGUUCAUUUUGGUCAAUUUUGAUAAGGUAUUUCUAGAUGCUAGUUAAUUAGUAUUAAAAUUACAAAGCCUAUAUAAACUCACUUUUGUCUGUCUGUAUGGUAAAAAGUUUCUACACAUUAUUUCUCCCACACCCAUUCUUGAAUCAAGUUGAAACUGUGCACAAUUAUUCAUUGGCGUAGACAAUACACGAAUCAAUUAAAACGAAUAACCCACAAGUCAUUUAGUUAUUGGUAAUUAAUUAUUUUGUUUGAUAUCGAAUAAAGGAAAUAACGUCUACAUUUUAGAAAUGUAGUUAUAAGUGCUAAGUUCUUCCUCUUUAAAUCCCUUCCUUUGUCCACCCAGCGCGCUUUCCUUGUAUGAACUAGGUGUAAAAAAGGCAGUUUUUUUAUAUUUUGCUUGUUUCACAUAUUAGCUUGCAAACUCUUGGUGGGUGGGUAGAUAUUUCGAAAACGGCUUUACCGAUUUUUAAAAGAAAUAUGAGAGUUAAUGUUUAUAUUUGGAGAAAAAACAAUUACUUAGACCGUUGAAUGUUUCAGCAUCUUAAAAUUAAGUAUGGCCUACGUCUUUUUAUUUUGCACACGGCUUCAGUGGGAAUUCCCGCACUCGACUCAAAUGUUUGUAUUCUGUAAGGAACUCAAUAAAUGAUCAUUUUACGCUUAUGCAGAAAUUAAAAACCACACACCUUUAUAAGAUCAUUGUCUGGACUGUUAAUAGAAGGCUAUUUUUGCAAAGCUCACUGAAAGACUUCUCGCAUUUGUGAAGCAUUACAAGAUUAUAUAGAGAGAAUAAUAAAUUAUAGACCGCCAUUUUAAAAAAUACUUUUUAUUUUUAUUUUUACAAAUAGCCAAGACAAAUCAUGUAGAUUUAUUUCUAGUAUUAUUAUAAAUGUCUUAAAACACUGUAAUUUUAUAAACAUAUUUUAAUUAUGUAAUAGACAUUGUUUUGUUUUUUUAUUUUAGAUUUUUUUUUCGUAUAAAUGAUUUCAUGCACACACACACACACACACACACACACAAAAACUUUUAAGAAUCCAAUUCUGCUGCCUACAGCCCUCUCGCGAUGAGUGGUGGUACAACGUAGGAGUAGAAAAGGAAUCACUCGCCGGGUGGAGAGAGUCGUGACCUGACAAUUAACGUCUGUAAUAAUAGGAUCAUCUACUUUUCGUCGGGCCUCCAGUCAGGCUAAUGUCCUAUCCAUUGACCAAGAGUCAUAAUAGAACUUAAGCUAAGCUUUAAAUAGACACUCGUAAUAAAAAAUGUCGAUGUGGAGGCACAUUGCACUUUUACUACUUGCUCCAUGUUGGCCUAAAUUAGCACCCCCCCACACACACACACACACAGUGAUGUCGAUACACCAAGUCUGAUAGCCUUCUCCUCCUGCUUGAUUUUUCCUGGGAAAACAAAAAAAUGUUAGUGUUUCUAAUAUAGGCCUAAUGUUAACGUGAGAACGUCUCCAGCCCCCUCAUUAGUUUACUUCUUAUGAUUAACCUGUUUUAAUCCCCUCAGAUUUCCUGUCUAGUUAUUUCUCGUCUCUUUUCAAUUGACACCUCCUUAAAGCAUGACAUUUCUCGUAUUAAAUGCGAAGGACAUCGAAAUGUGCAGCUUUAUGGCGGGAAAUAUGUACAAUUUUAGAAGCGACUUUUGGUCACGUUAAAAACGUUCGUGUCUGGAGCUACUUCUGGUGGCUCUGUAUCCCUCGGCGAUUAGCGAAAUUAAAUGUUUUUUCAUCAUAAUGUCAGGCUUCUGUCCUGGGGGUCUCAAAGUGGGCGCUAGAGACCCCACUCUCCUCGACGACGUGGCUCUGUAAUGAUUCAAGGGGGACCGUAAACAUCUUGCAGGAGUGGCUGCAGAAGUGGGAGUGCGGAGCACAUCUCAAGGGAAAGGCGCUAAAUUAAGUACACUUUUUGAAUUUUAUUUUAUUCAAAAACAUUUUGAAAUGAUUAGGGCUAAAAAUACAUAUUUUUUAACAAAUUUUUUUGCUUCAUAGAAACAACAGACGUAGACGUCAUUGUUCUGUAUCUAAUAUAGGCCUACAUGCGUAUUGUCAUGCAUCGCUCUAGAAAUAGUUUAGUCUGAAUACACUGCUGACUAAAAGGGCCUAAGUCUUGUAGUGGUGAACACUGCUGACUAUAAGGGCCUAAGUCUUGUAGAGGUGAACCCUGCUGCCUAUAAGGGCCUAAGUCUUGUAGAGGUGAACACUUCUGACUAUGUGGGCCUAAGUCUUGUAGAGGUGAACACUGCUGCCUAUAAGGGCCUAAGUCUUGUAGAGGUGAACACUGCUGACUAAAAGGGCCUAAGUCUUGUAGAGUUGAACACUGCUGACUAUAAGGACCUAAGUCUUGUAGAGGUGAACACUGCUGCCUAUAAGGGCCUAAGUCUUGUAGAUGUGAACACUGCUGACUAAAAGGGCCUAAGUCUUGUAGAGGUGAACCCUGCUGACUAUAAGGGCCUAAGUCUUGUAGAAGUGAACCCUGCUGACUAUAAGGGCCUAAGUCUUGUAGAGGUGAACUUUACAUUUCUUCUUUGUUCGAAGUGUCAGUGUGCUCGUUGAAUGCACGUUUAUUAAAGUUAGGGUGCGCGGUGGCAAAGUGGUUAAGCACUUGGCUUCCAAACCUUGGGCCCUGGGUUCAGAUCUCGGUGAAUACUGGGUUUUCGUACCACAUGAAUUUUUAGGGCGCUCCUGAGUCCAGCCAACUCUAAUGGGUACCUGACUUAAGUUGGAGAAAUCAAUUUUCGUGGUUCUUACAGCUGAUCGCCAUGAUGUUCCGUCCUUCGACUGUGUCUCAUAAGAGGCCGAUUCCAUGUUUAAAACUAGCAAGGGAACAUUGUCCUUGAAUCUCUUCCUUUAUCCACCCUGCACGCUUUCCUCCUUUAACGUAAAGGAGUUGAUAUUCCUUCAUUCUGAAGACGUCAUCCGCUCACCAAAAUUAAGACUGCUUUUGGGUUGUGUGUAUACUUUCCAGGCAGGCUCUUUGUAUGAUUUCUGCGUCAGGUAUCUUGUCUUGCAACCUAACCUUCAAGAUUUCUCUGACACGUAGAGGAUUCAGGGGGGCAUGAAGUAACGUCGGGAGGAUUACAUCCUUAUAGACCCCUAGUUUCGUUCAUGUGGCGAUGCCUGGUCUGUCCCAGAUAUUUCUGGACAGUCUACCAUGGCAUGCUCUGGCCUUGACGAUUCGCGAGUCUAUUUCAUCAUCCAUGUUUUCGUUUUCAAGAGUUCUGCCAAGGAUGUUGAAGUUGUCCACUGCAUUUAUUUCAUGUCCAUUUAUUUUGAUGUUUGUGUCCCAAACUCCCGAGUAGACUUUUUCUGAACCUAACAUAUACCAGACUUCAGUCUUUGUAGUAAUUAUAGAGAGAUCGAGAUCUGUGCAUGCAUUGAGACUGUAUUGAUGAUGCUUUGCAGAGUGGGAAAAGUUUUUUUAAAAAGAUAGUUCAUCCUUUAGUUCUUUUAAUACAUACAUUUGUCUUCAUUCUGGAAAGCUGUUGUAGAAACUUUGGUGUUCAGGCUAGUUGAAAGAUCGAGUGGUUAUUUUAUCAGCUCGGUUGUCUUGCAAACGUGCAUCCCAGGGGCGGACUGGGUGUUGAAAUCGGCCCAGGCAUUUUUAUACAUUCGGCCCACAAAUCGUCAUAUGAUGGACAUCCAUUUCUAGGUUUACCUGGCCUAAAAAAAAUCAUUCUGUCAAGUUUGAUAAUGUAUUGAUAACUGAACGCAUGAUACAAUGAUAUUUUUUAAAGAAAUAUAGUAAGCCUUAUGUUGCUUUUUAAUCACUUAAAGUGUGGGUCCUAAAAGGAUGAAGCCUACUAGUAGCACUGUCUACGGAUGUAGACUAUUAAAUUAUUUCGGAAAAUGUGUUAGAUUAAAUUAGCGUUACACUGUAGAGUCUGUAAAAGGUUUCUUGUUUAAACACGACGCUCAGGAGGCUUUUUAUAACAGAAUAUUAUACAACUUUUUACAAUUUAAUGCAUUAUAUAGUGGCAUUCAUGAGACCCUGUAGGUGACCCUAACGGCCCAUUAGGGUACCGGCCCACCGGACAUUUGCCCGAAUGCCCAUAUUGCCAGUCCGCCCCUAGUGCAUCCUAGAGAAGUGAGGAACAAAUAUGUCGCUCAUCUGUUAUCUCUUCGUGUAGUACCCUAAGAAUCUUGAUGUUUAACUUUUUUGUUUUUUUGACAUAGCGCAUCGUUCAAGCUACAGUAUGUCCAGUGCUCUCUGGUCUAGUGUGGACCUUGAAACAGUCGUGCAUUCCAUAUACCAUCCAGUUGUUAUGGACGUAUCUAGUUUUUUAUUUUUUAAAAUGUGUUUUGGACACUAAAGAAAGAGUGCGGUAUUUCACAUGGCUUUACCUAGACUCAUUGGUUACCUAGGCCUACGGUAUGCCAUGUAUUAGAGAUUUUCAUCUUUGGCAGAAAAAAAAAACAACUACAUAUAGCUUUUUCGUGUAUGCGGUGAAAUAAAAAUGUUUAUUAGCUUUUUUUUUUUUUUUUUUUUUUUUGGUUAAGGUAUAUAAGCCUAACAAUAACAAUUUUUAGCACUUUUUAGGAUUGCAGAAUCAAAUUUAUAGCUCAUUUUUUGUUUUAAAUUUAUGCAAUGUGUUUUUAAAUUUAAUUGCAAUAUUGAAAUUUAGCGCCCAUGACAUGAUUUAGUUUAUCCUUAAAAUCCCCACUAGUCUGCUACUGCUACUGCUAUGCCUACUUAUUAUUUUUCUUUUCGUGACAGUUUAGAAAAUCUAUAGUUUGGCAGCAGUUUGUGUUGUAAUGGAAAAUUAAGCUAUAAGUUGAGAAGCAUUGUGGGUCUAAUAUUUUAUUGUACACAAAGCUAAAUAAAGUGUGAACAAUGCAAUUCGACUAGAUUACUCCUGACUCUAUUUAAAGAGCGACUCUAGAUCUAUUAGCCGCCUCGAGACGAAUUGUCACGAAUCAAAAUAGCAACGAAAAUGUUGCCAACUAAUGACAGAAACAUGCCAAGGAAAAAAACGGAAUCAUUUCAUUAGUUAAUUAUAAAUGUUGUUUACAAGUCAUAUGGUUGAGUGAAGUAAGCAAGUAGUUUGAACUAAGAGACGGUUUCGUUGUCUGCUACUCGAUUCUCCAGACAUAUCUCUGGUCUAUCUAGUCUCUAGUCUAUCUAGUCUCAAGUCUAUCGAGUCUAUCUGGUCUAUCUUGUCUAUCUGGUCUAUCUUGUCUAUCUCGUCUCUAGUCUGUCUUGUCUCUAGUCUAUCUUGUCUCUAGUCUAUCUUGUCUCUAGUCUAUUUUGUCUCUAGUCUAUCUAGUCUCUAUAUAGUCUAUCUUGUCUCUACACUCUAGUAUAUCUAGUCUCUAGUCUAUCUAGUCUCUAUAUAGUCUAUCUUGUCUCUACACUCUAGUAUAUCUAGUCUCUAGUCUAUCUAGUCUCUAUACAGUCUAUCUUGUCUCUAGUAGGUAUCUAGUCUAUUUAGUCUCUAUAUAGUCUAUCUUGUCUCUAGUAUAUCUGGUCUAUCUAGUCUCUAUCUACUCUAUCUAGUCUCUGGUCUAUCUAGUCUCUAUAUAGUCUAUCUUGUCUCUAGUAUAUCUAGUCUCUGUAUAGUCUAUCUUGUCUCUAGUAGGUAUCUAGUCUAUUUAGUCUCUAUAUAGUCUAUCUUGUCUCUAGUAGGUAUCUAGUCUAUUUAGUCUCUAUAUAGUCUAUCUUGUCUCUAGUAUAUCUGGUCUAUCUAGUCUCUAUCUACUCUAUCUAGUCUCUGGUCUAUCUAGUCUCUAUAUAGUCUAUCUUGUCUCUAGUAUAUCUGGUCUAUCUAGUCUCUAUCUACUCUAUCUAGUCUCUGGUCUAUCUAGUCUCUAUAUAGUCUACCUUGUCUCUAGUAUAUCUAGUCUCUAUAUAGUCUAUCUUGUCUCUAGUAUAUCUGGUCUAUCUAGUCUCUAUCUACUCUAUCUAGUCUCUGGUCUAUCUAGUCUCUAUAUAGUCUACCUUGUCUCUAGUAUAUCUAGUCUCUAUAUAGUCUAUCUAGUCUCUAUAUAGUCUAUCUUGUCUCUAGUAGGGCCUAUAUCUAGUCUACCUAGUCUCUAUAUAGUCUAUCUUGUCUAAUUGAUUUUGGAGGGAGAGGGGAUCGAGGUGGCAAAAAAAAUGGGGUCACGUGUCACCCUAGCUGACAUUAAUGUCAAUAAAGUUCAUUUGCUGUGACAGAACACUUAGCUCUGUGUAUUUAAUGACAAUAAAUAUGCGAGUUUGUGGGCGCGUUUCUCUCGUUUGAUACAAAAUUAGAUUUAGAAUUGUAGUGCAGAAAAAACAACAAGGCUCGUGCUUGCAUGUAGAGCUACCCCUUCGUUACAGUUACAAUAUUAAUCAAUCCUUUAGUUCUAAGACCAUCUUCAAACAGAUAAAAAUAGAGCGGAGUUGUUUUUUUUUUUUUAAUGUGAUAGAAGUGCUUUUAGCAAACUUUCCCUAGAUGGCUGAAGUUAGUCAAUAUUUGAUAUUUUGGAUUUUUGGCACAUCGGCACAAUUUAGGCCAUGUCGUGCCGAAGUUAGUCAAAAUAAACUAGAUCUAAUCAUUUGGACCAUAAGAAGUAGGUUAUCUAGGAUAGGGUAAUAGACCUAAUAGGAUAUCAGUGACUGUUUUAAAGGCCAGCCAUGUUUGUGAAUCAGCUGCCAGACUUGAGGAUUUGAUGACUAAAAUUCUUUGAAAUUUGUUCACCAGAAAUGCUUUUUUUUCUCAACUAUAUUUUGAAAUAAUUUGGUUCAAACCUCAUUUAGGUUUUUUUGUGUGUUAGCGCGCAUGUGGGUGUAUUUAUAUAAAGCGAUUGCAUAAGUUCACAGUUCAGUGUGUAAUUAAAUUGUACAGAAGUUGUGCCACAUUGUCAUGUCAUUUGUAGGAAUACACUUGAUACAUUUGAUGGCACUAAGUCCCACUGCUAAAUAUCAGCCAAAAACCAAGAAUAAACCUGAGUGCCAAGUAGUCAGCAAGUGUAGCAAAAAGAAAUACAAAAAAAAAAAAAAUAGAAGCGUAUCUGCAUUAGUAAAAUUUUCAUGAAGAGAACCAACCGUGAACCUUGCAGCACAAGCUAUGUUGAUUAUAGUUCUAUUGUCUCUUGAUUAUAACUUUUAUAAUCUUUUGAUUAUAACUUUAUAGUCUGAUGAUUAUAACUUUAUAGUCUGAUGAUUAUAACUUUAUAGUCUGUUGAUUAUAAGUUUUAUAUCAGUUGAUGAUAAACAUUAUAAUCUGUUGAUUAUAACUUGAUAACUCUAAGCAUGUUUAAUGUCCAGUGUUUGUUGGUAACCUGCAUUUAAAACUGUGAUUUUUUUCUUGUGGUUCUAUUGCCUGUCUGACAAUCUCUACCAUGUAAAUAUAAUUUAACUGGAUCUGCUUCAUAACUACAACAAACAUUAUAAUGUGGCCUACAGUUUUCUGUUUCUUCUAAGUACAUAUGUAUAAAGAUGAAUUUUUUGUUCUGUGUGAUCUACAAUUGUGCAUACUUUUUUUUUUUCAGUCUGUGCUUUUAUCAAAUAUUUAACCAUUAUGUGCUACCGUAGUAUUUUUUUUUUCUGUUGUUUUUUUUUUCUCCUUAAAUCCAUGGUGUAAUGCAAAUUGUAGAACCAAAGUCUUGUCCAUGCUUUUUUUUUCCCUAGAUUUUAUUUUCCAGAUCUAAAUCCAAGGCUUUUUCAUAUGGCUGGGUUGAAUGUUGCUAUUGUUGCUUGGUGGGACAUUUGAGUAUUCUGUGACAUUUGUCACAAUUAUUGAUGUCAAAGUUGGUGCUUGAUGGACCAGGUGCUCUUAUAGUUUUUUGCCCCUACUCACCAGUGGCUCUGAGGUGAAGGUGAGGUGUGUCCACAUUCCAUAACUAUCUCACUAAACACUUCUACACAAAUGAAGAAGACCCUACCCAAUUCCACAUUAAACUGUAAUGUUAAAAAUACAGAAAUGUCUGUUCUAAAAAAAAAUAAAUUCAAUUUUUUUUAAGCAUUCUCAGCUGAACUAGGACUCACCAGCAUAGGCAAAUACCUAGAGAUAGCCAUUUGUGUGUGGUCCUUAUUGAAAAGAUGGGAAUAAUGACAUUAAAAAUACAUAAAGGUGAGAGGGUUUUAUUUUAAUUUCAUUAGUACUGAAGACAAGAUUACAAUUGUACCCACAAGAACCAAUUAGUUUAUAUUUCAAAACCCAAAAAUGUUCCACUGGUGUAGUUCUAGUGGUCUAGUAUUACAACUUUUACCUUUAUUAAAGCCACUAUGUGUUUUGUUACCAGACGCUGUAAUAUACAUUUGAAAUCCUUAUGUUAUGUUUUGGUUGCAAAGUCCCAAAGUAACUCUCCAAUGUUGAUGCCCAUUCAUUAGUUUUAAUGCUGAUUUCUUUAUGUAUCCUAUAAAAUUAUAAUUUAAAAUUAUCUUAUACCCAGUAUUGUUUUUUUCACAGUUCUAAAAUAUUUUUUUUAUUUUUAACCAAACAGCUUUUAGCUUUUUAAUCAUCCACUUUGUUGACAUUGUAAAAGUUAGAUAUAUUUUUUAAUAUGUUAAUAUUUUAUUUAUAAUUUUUUUUAUUUUUCUGUCUAGGAUAAACAAGUAAAAUUAAAGCCUAAAACAAAUUGUUUGUAAUAAUUAGACAUUUUAUAGAAAAAUGUACUUAGAACCAAACAGGAGUCCCAAUAGCGUUUCUAAAGCUGCAAUAUUUUGACAUUUUUUGUGUCUGUAUUUCCAUAGCACUGAACAGUUGAAAUGAUCUUGUCAUAAAAUUUACAGUAGAGUGUUUUGUUCACACUAAUAUCAGUCCCACAUUGAUCAAAUGACCACAUUGUAUACCAAAGACAGAAAGUAACCACAUUUUUUAAACCACAGCAAGUUUCAAAAUAUUUAAGGUUUGUUUAGAAUGCAUGAAGAGCAAUAGACUUUAUAUUUUCUUUAAACUGUUCAAGUCAGUUUAUUGUCAUAAAAUCUCCAGAAAUUUUAUCAUUUGAUCUUUUUUGCCUCUUACAACAUAAAAUAAAAUUAUGUUUUUUUUUUAAAUUGAUUUUUCAUUGAAAGAAAAUAUUGAACAAACAGAAUAGAUAUUUAUUAACUAGUGAACUCUAUGGGGAGUAAGAUCUUUAGUGUUUCAGCAUAGAAGGUGCAUCUUGUAGCUAAUGUGACUCACAUCCUUUGCACAACUGCCAGCUUUUGUAAAUACUUUUGAGGUAUAUUGUUGCUAGUGAAAGUACACUGAUUUGAGUGAGAUCUGUUCCAGCUCUUCAGUAUGAGAGAUAGACAUGGACACCAUUGUUCCUUACAUUGCUAAGUGUUUACAUUUGUAUCCAUAGUUUUCAUCAACUGACCUAUGUCCAAACAUGUCCCAUCAAAAUGAGAUAUAUUACAUAUUUUAAGUUAUUCUGUUGUUUUUUUUAAAGAAAAGCUUGAAGUUGACAGGAUCAGAGUGUAACCCUUUCAUUAGCUCAGAAAUGAUUAGUUUGCAUCAGCUCCACUGCCCAUAUAACUAGGUCAUCAAGUGCGCCACUGCCCAUAUAACUAGGUCAUCAAGAGCUCCACUGCCCAUAUAACUAGGUCAUCAAGAGCUCCACUGCCCAUAUAACUAGGUCAUCAAGAGCUCCACUGCCCAUAUAACUAGGUCAUCAAGAGCUCUGCUGUCCAUGAUCCAUACCCUUCACACUUACAGAAAUAUUUAGCUAAAACUACCCAAUGAAAGGCUCAUGAUUCAAUGUGCUGGAAAUAUGUUUCCACAAUCUUUGCAAUUCAUGUUUUGAUUUUGUGCCUGUCUUCAUGCCAUUUCUUUCUAAAUUUCUAUUUUAUCAACAUAAUUUAACAACUUAUACAAUUUAUAUUCUCAAUUAGCAUUGUUUCAUAUUUAUAUAUAUAUAUCUACAUACUAUUCUACAUUUAUGUCAUUUUUCAACCCACAUUUUCUUUCCAAUUUCUUUGACAAUAUUUGAACAAAUUGUAUGAAAUAAAAAUGUAUGCCCUGCAAGCUUCAUUG